AUGUUUGUACCUUCAAAUUUUGGAAUCAUUGGUUACGUUAUCAUUUAUUUAUUAUUCUGCUACCCUGUGGUAGUAUUACUGCAUAUCAUUGCUAUCAUCCUCAUCUACGCUGCGAUUGGAUUCAAACUGAAACACACCAUAGCACCCGGUAACCAACUACCGUCAAAUCAACAUCGACGGGAACAGAUGAACCGCAAGAUAUUAGGAAUGCUUGUCACUGUUGUUGCUGUGGUAAUCGUUUGUCGUUUUCCGUUGAUUUUUGGAGCGCUGGCUUGUUUCUCUGGCUUAAAAACUGCCUGCUCUCGGAACUCUCUGUUCCUUGCCUGGUUUCUGGUAUGCUUUAACAGUGAAUUAAUCCUUGGAUAUAUUUCAUCUUUAAUGAGCAAUUUUUUCAGGGUGCCAAAUUACUGCUGCAGAGGCUACUUCCGCGUUGUUUUAAAGUCACAAAUGAAGUGGAAAUGUUGGAAUCGACUGGACGUCAAAUCAAAACGCACACACCACAAACACACGAGAGUAGCCACG